GCGCUGUAAUUUGUUUAUUUCUUCGUCAACUUUGAAGUACAGAAAGAAAUUUAAAAAGAAAAACAGAGAGAGAAGAGAGAGAGUGCAGUUGGGUUGGGUGGGCGGUGGGUCUAUUCUUCUGUUCCUUUCUUCUCAAAUUCCACAUUACCACUACUCCUACUUCAUCUUCUUCAUCAAUUCUUCUCCUCUCUCGCAUUCCAUUUCCCAUUAUACACGUUCACGUAUACAUAUUAAUCACAGCCCUUUUUCGUGUGCAUAUCUAUUUGUGUGCUAGCCACAUUUUUGGAGCCCCAUUGCUCUAAAAGAACUGUCAUCCGCAGAAUUGCUAUCAUUAUAGUGAUAUGUUAUUUUCAGUAAACUAUAUAUUUUGUAGACUUUCAGUAAACUAUAUUUAAUAAUUGCUCCCGCCUUAUUCAUUUUGCUUUCAUUUUUUGACCUUUGUUAACACUUCGGAGUUGGUGAUUUCCAGCGAAUAUUUGGGCUUCUGGAUCUGCUCUUAAGCUUAAUAGCUGAAGAUCUCACUCUGCUCUUUGUUUUAAUUUUAAUUUUUGGUUGGAAAUUGAGAUGGGAUAUGAUUAAGUUGAGAGAUUGAGAGAUUAAUUUGAAGAGGGCAGGAUGUCUUGGAAGAGCAGAGGAGUAGAGUCACCUUCGAAGAAUCUAGUUUCGAGAAAUCUCGCCCUUCUUCUCUGUGUUGGCUGCUUCUGCGCUGGAAUGCUCUUCACCGACAGGAUGUGGGCACUUCCAGAAGCUAAAGAUAUAUCAAGGUCAAGAGGGAUUGCUGACGAAAAGCUUCAGUUAGUCUCAGAUGGUUGUGAUCCAAAAGUUAAGGAUGUGAAAUGGGGUUCCAAGGAUGUAUCAAAUACAGCGUCAAGGACACACGACACGGUUCAGACUCUUGAUAAAACAAUUUCAAAUUUGGAAAUGGAGCUAGCUGCUGCUAGGGCUGUACAGGAUUCCUUACUUAGUGGUUCCCCGAUAUCAGAAGACCUGAAAAUACCUGAAUUGACCAGAAAAAGAAAAUACUUGAUGGUCAUAGGCAUCAACACUGCUUUUAGUAGUCGAAAGAGAAGAGACUCAGUUCGUGCUACUUGGAUGUUACAAGGUGGCAAACGGAAACAGCUCGAGGAAGAAAAGGGAAUUGUAAUUCGAUUUGUGAUUGGUCAUAGCGCAACAUCAGGUGGAAUUCUUGACAGAGCUAUUGAAGCUGAAGAUAGAAAACAUGGAGAUUUUCUAAGACUGGAUCAUGUUGAAGGAUACCUUGAACUAUCAGCAAAGACGAAAACUUAUUUCACCACUGCAGUUCAACUUUGGGAUGCUGAUUUCUAUGUCAAAGUCGACGAUGAUGUGCAUGUAAACAUAGCAACGUUGGGAGCGACUCUGGCUAGACAUCGUUCUAAACCUAGGGUGUACAUAGGAUGUAUGAAAUCUGGUCCAGUCCUGGCUCAGAAGGGAGUAAGAUAUCAUGAACCUGAGUAUUGGAAGUUUGGUGAGCAUGGAAACAAGUAUUUUCGUCAUGCUACAGGCCAAUUAUAUGCUAUUUCUAGAGAUCUGGCCACGUAUAUAUCAAUAAACCAGCACGUACUGCACAAAUACGCAAACGAGGAUGUCUCGCUGGGAUCUUGGUUCAUCGGAUUGGAUGUGGAGCAUAUAGAUGACCGAAGAUUAUGUUGUGGCACACCACCUGAUUGUGAGUGGAAGGCCCAGGCAGGCAACAUAUGUGUUGCUUCAUUUGACUGGAGCUGCAGUGGAAUUUGCAAUUCUGCCGAUAGAAUCAAGGAGGUGCACCGCCGUUGUGGAGAAGGCGAGAGUGCUGUGUGGAAUGCGGCUUUUUGAUUUGUGUUGCUUCUUUUUCGACCAGUCACUGAGGCUGCAUCUAAUGAAGGUUAGAAUGCUCCACGGCUUGUAGUUACCGGAUAAAAGUGAGACAUCCUCAUGUCCUAUCCUAGAGGCCCUAGAAAUUUGCUUGUUAUACAUAAUUCUUUCUAUAUUUCCACGUAAAAUCUACCUGUAAUAUAUGUGUAAGUGAGGGAGAAAGUGGAAGAAAAGGUUGCUGGCAAAAUCUGCUCUGUUUUAGCCGAGGAGAUAGGUCGUUAUAGCAACUAUACAUAGAAAUUAGUGUGUUUAGUAUUAGUGAAACUUAUAAUAAGUGUAUGUUUUCUGCGAGGUUUUGUUGCCUUUUCUUUUAUGGUGCAGUUAGUUUUGCCGCCGAAUUGUUCAACAAUUUUCUUAAUACGAUUUUUCUUCAUCUUGGUUAA